GUGGUUCUUCUACCCGAGGAUUAUUACACAGCAUCUGCAUUAAGACACACAAAAGUAAAGCCAUGCAAAGCAUACCCUAGCUUUAACGAAUAUUGCAGUAUGUUCAAGUACUUUUCGACGAAGAGCUCGCAGGUCGUAUACGGUAUUCACGGGUUUGUGGAUAAUGGUCAGCCGGUCUACAAGUACACGGAACCAAAAUAUGAACUUCAGAGACUUGCCUUUGGAAAAAGUAUCUCUUUGCUUGGACAACGSCAGAAAGAAAUCUACUUUGAGAUCCAAGAGCAAAAAGCUGGUUUAUACAUACUUCUUAUAAAAUAUCUUCAACCAGAUCGUAAAGUUUAUCAAGUUGGUGUGCGUCACGGUAAAGAUAACGGGACAUUAGUCGCUCUACCGUGCAAUUAUCGCUUUGCCUGUCAGCAGGUUGUUACGGAUGUUCAAGGCGGGCCAAUGAGGUUUAACUUUAAAGGAAGACUUUUUAGAAACAAAGUGAGGCUGGUUGCACCUCCAAAGGCACGACUGGGAAUUAUCUCAAUUACAGUGCUUGAGGAGUCMAAAUGGAACGCUACUCACGUUACUCCUUUCUUCCACUGCUAUUACUACCGACAUAAAUGUGUCAAGACCUUGUAUUCGACACCRAGAGGGACGGGUAUUCUAGUGCCACAAAAACCACGGCCUCGUGGUGACAAAACGGCAAUCGUCAAUGGUAACGUAGAGGAAGACGGCAAAUAUCAUAUCUUGAUACAUUACAAACUUACAGCUUACUUAGAAUCUAAAGGACAAGUGCGUCUCUUCACUAAUGGUGCACCGCUGACCAUGUACGUCACACUAACKUAUUGUCCAGCGGUUGACGGUUGCAGAAUAAAAGUSAAUGCACUWAAUGUAGGCACRAUGUCAUAUCUAAAAGGUGUGGCGUCAGUAAUGCUGGAUUUUCCCAGGGAAGUUCAAAUUGAAAGCGUUUUAUUGGUGAAACAGAAUUCUCUCUCUCUCGAAGUGAUGAAACCAUUCCCAGGGCACAAAAUCGAAGAAUUCCUUAAAAAGUGUAGCAAAAGAAAUUUCUAUACUAAUCCUAAUCAAAGGCAACAUUUGGUUUGCCUUAGUGGCAUAUUUACCAUGACUUUAUCUUUUCUUGGAUACAUUCCUAAGUGUAAUUGUGAUCCACGGGGUUCUAUUAGUUUGAGAUGCAAGUCUUUUGGAGGUCAGUGCAUGUGUAGACGUAAUGUUGUAGGAAGGAGAUGUGAUCGUUGCCCUGUUGGAUAUUCAGGAUUUCCUCAAUGYCGAAAAUGCUCAUGUUCGAAAUCUGGUUCAGCAUCACAAGAAUGUGACGUCAAUGGAAAGUGCACGUGCUUACCAGGGUUUGGUGGUAGYAAAUGCAACCGCUGUCAAUCAUCUGCUUACUUUGCAUAUCCUCAAUGUAAAAAGUGUAGCUGCAACGACCACGGUUCAUUGAGUAUGUUUUGUAGUCAGAGAGGAGGUCAGUGUCAGUGUAGACGUAACUUUGGCGGUGUGAAAUGCGACCGAUGUAGAAUUGGCUAUUUUGACUUCCCUACAUGCAAGCAAUGUAACUGCAACCCUGCGGGAAUGCUAGUUUUACCUGGUCAAGAGAAUACUUGCGGCAGUUCCAAUGAUCAAUCUUGUUCAUGCAAAGCAAACGUGCAGGGAGAUCAAUGUGAAGAAUGCAAAGAUCUUUAUUUUGGUUUGAGUGCAUUUGAUCCAGCAGGCUGCCAACCGUGUCAGUGUAACACGAAUGGAACUCUGGGUAGUAUAAGCACGUGUAAUAAAGUCAAUGGCGACUGCGUGUGCAAACAGCACGUGACUGGACGUGUGUGUUCAAGAUGUAAACGAGGYUACUUCAACCUAGUGGAAUGGGACAUAUUUGGAUGUACAAAAUGUUCCUGUAACUCUGGUGGGUCGUUUGGUUCAUACUGUGAUGGCGUGACUGGACAAUGUAUAUGUCUUCCUGGUAUUGCUGGCAGAACGUGCGAUAGUGUAAUACCAUACAGAUUCUUCUACUACGAUUUGCAUCACAUCAAGAUUGAGCUUGAAGACGCUACAAAUGAGAAGGGAAAGCCUGUUGUUAUCCGUGAUAGCGAARRAAUAUUUCCUGGCUUUACWUGGAAAGGAUAUACGGAACUAAAUAAGUAUCAGACUCGUAUCUUCUUGACCACCCAAGUACCAAGGACGACGCGAUACCGACUUAUCUUCCAUUACAGCCUUGCAGGGAGUCAACCUGUAGACGUGCUGCUUAAGUUUGAUCCAACCUCCCAGUCCGGCUACUUACCAUCAGGGCCUCCAAAACCUUUUCAAGUCGGUGUUCGCUUCAAACCUACGGUUUCUUGGAGUAGCAGYGAUCCCCAGUUUCUAACAGUUCUCGACAGCCAAAAGCGUCCAGUUGAGGUUUYAUUAAGCCGAGGAAAGUGGAAAUUAUCCUUGGCUGCCCGUCCUUCUUAUGUCUACUUGGACCAUGUUGUACUUCUACCAGAAGAUUACUACAAACCAACUGUAUUACGGAAAGAUGUAGCGAACAAAUGUCAGGUUGGAGGACCAUCGGAUGAGUACUGUUUACAAUACGAACAUUCUUCAAUGAAUAGUGAUGGGUUCGUGACCAUACAAACAGAGAAAUCAUUCUUUACUGGACCCGAGAUUGACCUAGUACAACCCCCCUUUCAAGGAGUUACAUURCACGGAUAUCAGAAUGUAUUGACCAUGCAGCUAUCACGUGGUCUUCCUGCUGGGAAGUAUAUAGUUGUGGUUACAUUUUACUAUGAAGACUUCCCUCAUCUUGGUCGUUUGGACAUCACGUGGUUAUCAAACAGACAAGACCARCGGGGAUGGUUCAGCAUUUUUACCUGUCGUUAUACAUCAGCCUGCAGACAAGUUGCAAUCGCCAACGAUAAACAAGUAAAGUUGUUUGAAAAAUUGGAUAAGACUGGAGCGACCAUAACCUUGACAACGCUGCUCACAGUAGCGGUGGAUUCUAUAACCAUCAUACCCAAAGMCAAGUGGGAACAGGAGUAUUUACUUCCAGCACCUCGUUGCGUCAARUACGGGAACUCUUGCAUMCAAUCGACUUACACCACCCCUGGAAGGGGAGUUGUAAUCCAAGCUGAAAAUAACACAAAUACAAUAAAGAACGGUCACGUGAGCCCUAGACCCGCCUACCUACUGGAUCCAAACAUAAAACUGGCAUAUAUCCCAACCAAUCAGAGGACCAUUUACCUCAACGCUCGUUCAAAACCAGGGAGCUACUUCAUUUUAGUUCAUUUCUUCCAACCCAAUUUCCUGUCAUUCACCGGAAGUGUGAUAGUCAGCCAUAGUGGCUCGGCUGUAGCAUCGCGUCUAGAUUUCCGCCACUGCCCUCACGUGUCUGGAUGCAGAAGCGCUGGAACAUCAACCACCAGAACAACAGCAAAAAACCGUAUUUUUAUUAACUAUGACACUGAUCUUCUAGUAACGGUUACCAUUCCUCAGGAUAAGGCGGUUUGGAUUGACUAUCUMCUUCUGGUUCCCACACACUCGUUCCUUCCAUCUCUCCUUGAAGCCGACCAAGUGGACAUGGCUCCAGAAUUCAUAAACAAAUGCGCUAAAAAUCACUUCUUCAUCAAAUCAUCGGCAUCGAAGUUUUGUCUAGAUUCUGUAUUCACGCUAGCAACACGGUUUAACCGGGGAGGAACGCCAUGUGAAUGCAACAAAGAUGGAUCACUGAAUGAAUGGUGUCAAUCAUAUAGUGGACAAUGCCAAUGUAAAACUAACGUGAUUGGACGUACUUGUGAUACUUGUAAAGCUGGUUAUACCGGUUUUCCAAACUGUCGAAGACGAUAAAUCUCGUCAAUUAUAUUCACUGAAUUUUCAGAUUAAAGGAUUUUAUGAAAAGAUGGUUUUACAGGUCCACAAAUGAUGAUGAAAAUGCCUAGGGGUUGAUAAGCUAAUUGGCGCCAAAAGUCUUACUCAAAUCUAUCUUUUUUACUGGUACAAGGAGCCUAUCUGAUAUAAACUUCCAAACAAAAGUGAACCUGCUUGUUUUUUGGAAUUUUUAUUAUCCAAGAAACCUAUAUUCGUUUGGACUCGAGCACUAGACACGUUAGUUAUAUGUACAUAUAAUUAAUAUAUGCAGUUAUAUUUCAAAGAACGUUGAAUACUAUGAAUCACCUGCAUGUAUGGUGCACAGCGAGGAAGAAUAUUAUAGUACACAAUGUCAUAUUAAAUGCUUGCUUAUGAUAUCAUGACCAACAUAUUGAUUCAGUAUAUUUGAAAUAGCUGUACUUGAUUUAAGAACGCACAAGUAGAACUACAAGUCGUCUUGUACCAUUAAAGCUUAAACCUUAUAUAUUCAUCUUUUUGCAGACAAAUUAUGAAUUUUUCUUGAUACUCCCUAAAACUUAAAAUUUAAGUUUCAAUAAAGAAGUUGUGCGA